AUGUUCAGUGACAGGGUGUAUUUGUGGGACCGCAAGUCCACUCUAAGGUUUGCUGGUGGCCUGGAGUCCACUCUAAGGUUUGCUGCUGGCCUGGAGUCCACUCUAAGGUUAGCCGGUGGCCUGGAGUCCACUCUAAAGUUUGAAGCUGGCCUGGAGUCCACUCUAAGGUUUGCUGGUGGCCUAGAGUCCACUCUAAAGUUUGCAGCUGGCCUGGAGUCCACUCUGGGUUUUGUUGGUGGCCUGGAGUUCACUUUGAGAUCAGUUAGUGACCCACGUGCACAAAAUGACUCAAGUGAUUCAAGUGAUUCAAGUCAGUCAAGUGAUUCAAGUGAUUCAAGUAAUGCAAGUGAUUCAAGUGAUUCAAGUGAGUCAAGUGAGACAAGUGAUUCAAGUGAUUCAAGUGAUUCAAGUGAGUCAAUUGAUUCAAGUGAGUCAAGUGAUUCAAGUGACUCAAGUGAUUCAUGUGACUCAAGUGAUUCAAGUCAUUCAAGUGAGACAAGUGAUUCAAGUGAUUCAAGUCAUUCAAGUGAGUCAAGUGAUUCAAGUGAUUCAAGUGAUUCAAGUGAGUCAAGUGAUUCAAGUGAGUCAAGUGAUUCAAUUUAUUCAACUGAUUCAAGUGAGUUAAGUGAGUUAAGUGAUUCAAGUGAGUCAAGUGAGUCAAGUGAUUCAAGUGAGUCAAGAGAUUCAAGUGAGUCAAGUGAUUCAAGUGAUUCAAGUGAGUCAAGUGAGUCAAGUGAGUCAAGUGAUUCAAGUGAUUCAAGUGAGUCAAGUGAUUCAAGUGAGUUAAGUGAGUUAAGUGAUUCAAGUGAGUCAAGUGAUGAUUCAAGUGAGUCAAGUGAUUCAAGUGACUCAAGUGAUUCAAGUGAGUCAAGUAAGUCAAGUGAGUCAAGUGAGUCAAGUGAUUCAAGUGAUUCAAGUGAGUCAAGUGAGUCAAGUGAGUCAAGUGAUUCAAGUGAGUCAAGUGAGUCAAGUGAGUCAAGUGAGUCAAGUGAGUCAAGUGAUUCAAGUGACUCAAGUGAGUCAAGUGACUCAAGUGAUUCAAGUGAUUCAAGUGAGUCAAGUGAUUCAAGUGAGUCAAGUGAGUCAAGUGAUUCAAGUGACUCAAGUGACUCAAGUGAUUCAAGUGAUUCAAGUGAUUCAAGUGAUUCAAUUGAGUCAAGUGAUUCAAGUGACUCAAGUGACUCAAGUGACUCAAGUGAUUCAAGUGACUCAAGUGAGUCAAGUGAGUCAAGUGAUUCAAGUGAUUCAAGUGAGCCAAGUGAGUCAAGUGAUUCAAGGGAUUCAAUGGAUUCAAGGGAUUCAAUGGAUUCAAGUGAGUCAAGUGAGACAAGUGAGUCGAGUGACUCAAGUGAGUCGAGUGACUCAAGUGAUUCAAGUGAUGCAAGAGAUUCAAGUGAUUCAAGUGAUUCAAGUGAUUCAAAUGACUCAAGUGAUUCAAGUGAUGCAAGUGAUUCAAGUGAUUCAAGUGAGUCAAGUGAUUCAAUUGAUAGUGAUUCAAGUGAGUCAAGUGAGUCAAGUGAGUCAAGUGAGUCAAGUGAUUCAAGUGACUCAAGUGACUCAAGUGAUUCAAGUGAGUCAAGUGAGUCAAGUGAUUCAAGUGACUCAAGUGAAUCAAGUGACUCAAGUGAUUCAAGUGAUUCAAGUGAUUCAAGGUCAAGUGAGUCAAGUGAUUCAAGUGAGUCAAGUGAGUCAAGUGAUUCAAGUGAGUCAAGUGACUCAAGUGAUUCAAGUGAGUCAAGUGAUUCAAGUGAUUCAAGUGAUUCAAGUGAGUCAAGUGAUUCAAGUGAUUCAAGUGAGUCAAGUGAUUCAAGUGAUUCAAGUGAGUCAAGUGAUUCAAGGGAUUCAAGGGAUUCAAGGGAUUUAAGGGAUUCAAGUGAGUCAAGUGACUCAAGUGAUGCAAGUGAUUCAAGUGAUUCAAAUGAUUCAAGUGAUUCAAGUGACUCAAGUGAUUCAAGUGACUCAAGUGAUUCAAGUGAUGCAAGUGAUUCAAGUGAUUCAAGUGAGUCAAGUGAGUCAAGUGACUUAAGUGACUUAAGUGAUUCAAGUGAUUCAAUGGAUUCAAGGGAUUCAAGUGAUUCAAUGGAUUUAAGUGAUUCAAGUGAGUCAAGUGACUCAAGUGACUCAAGUGAUUCAAGUGAGUCAAGUGAUUCAAGUGAGUCAAGUGAUUCAAGUGAUUCAAGUGAGUCAAGUGAGUCAAGUGAGUCAAGUGAUUCAAGUGAUUCAAGUGAGUCAAGUGAUUCAAGUAAUAGGUAA